ACGAGGGUGGUCACGCCCUCGGGCGAUCUCCGCGCCGCCGGCCGGAGCCGCAGACGCAGCCGCAGCGGGCGCUCGCGCGCAUCGCGUCCAACGACCUCUGCGGCGGCCUCUGCCCGCCGCCGUGCACCCCCGGCUCCACGGCGUACGUCUCAGACUCCAAGAAAGGGUUGGCUUCUUCAGGGUGGUCUCCAAUGAAGAGAAAAGGGCCUGAGACCCUCACAGGAACUGAGCUGAAUGCUGCAGUGUACAGAUACCUUCAGGAAUCAGGAUUCGUGCAUACUGCAUUCAAUUUCUUUUACGAGGCAGACAUUGGAAAAGGCAACAUCCAGGGAAUGAUUCCACAAGGUGCCCUGAUCAGGAUCGUGCAUAAAGGUCUUCAGUACAUCGAGUUCGAAGCAAAUUCUGAGAUUGGUAGCAAUGACGAGCACCACUUUUUUGAUACUCUGGACCUAAUGACCAAUGACUUAGACGAGCUAAGAAAGAAAAUUACCAGAAGUUCGGAGUGCAAUUCUGUGAAGGAUGACAAAGAGCAGAGGAUUGAUUCUGUUGAGACUGACAAAGCGCAGUGUUCUGCUGAGACGACCACAGUGUAUAGGAAGAAACCUAUGCGGGAAACGAAAGCUGUGCAGAACAGCAGUCCUGAUGAGACUGCUACAAUACAUAGAAAUCAUCCAAUGAAGCAUGGGAAGGCACAAGGGAUAGACUCCAAAGAACAGAACAUUAGGUCUGCUGAAAUUGGACAAAAGACUGGUUCUGCUGAGGCUACCACAAUGCAUAGGAAGAAGCUUAUGCGGAAAAUGAAGGCUGCACAGAACAGCAAUCCUGGUGAGACUGCUAAAAUACAUAGAACUCAACCAAUGAAGCAUGCAAAGGUACAAAGGAUGGACUCCAAAGAACAAAACAUCAUAUCUGCUGAGACUACACAAAAGACUGGUUCUGCUGAGACUACUACAGGACAGGGGUUGCAGCAGCUUUCGUGGAUAGGGAAGAAACCUAGACUCAGAAAAUGGAAGCAUUAAUAGCUAGACAAGGAAGCGAAGAGACGGAAGUUCGACUCUGAAAUCUACUACUGAUUCAGCGUGUGAAACUAAAGGAGAUUUGACAGGAUGCUUAGAAUAAUAUCAGUACAUCGCAAUUUAUGACUGAUACCUUUGAGUUUCUGAGUCGUUAUUCAUUUGUUUGACAGUAUACUAAAGGACAUCUAGCAAGCAUUUUGGUACAGGAAGUUUUACAACUUGUUGUAUACUUGGGAUGGAUGACUUUGUUCUUGUUCAUGUGAAUAUGUGAUAGUCAGCAUGUGAAAGGAGAACUGACAAUAUGCACAGAAUUUGGUACGGACUGAUCAGUUGGCAUAAAUGGUUCCAGGCUGUGCUUUUUUUUGGGGGGUGGAAGGAGAUUUCAUUUGACUGGUUGCAUUUCUGUACCAGCAAUGCCUCGUACAUGGUUGGUUACUUAGUUUCAGAUAGAUGACUCUCUGGUCAUGCGGUAGCCCACUGGUUCUGUAAAUCAUUACUUUUUCCUCUUUUAUAGUAAAUAGACAUGUUAGGUUAUCCUUUGACAAACAUUAGGAUAACCUAUUGUGUAUUGAUUUUUGCUACAUUUGUAACACUGAGAGAAUACAUAAUCUGUUGCAUUGUU